AUGGUGGUGUCCAGGAGCUUCAUCGAGGUCGUGGGAAAGGGCUAUGGCCUAAGCAAGACCUCGGUGUGGAGGUGCGUCCACACUGUCACCAACGCCCUUCUGCGCCAUGCCGGGGAUUACAUCCGGCUGCCGGCAACACGUCAGGAGGUCCAGGAGGUGCACCAGGGCUGUCAUGCCAUUGCUGGCAUCCCCAGAGUCUUGGGCCUGGUGGAUGGCACACUCAUCCCUAUCGCCAAUCCAUCAGUGAUUGAUCAGGCGUACAUAUCGCGAAAGGGAUACGCGGCCAUAAACGUGCAGGUUAUAGUGGACCAUAGGGGUGUGAUCUCCGACCUGGUGGCAAGGUGGCCAGGCAGCACCCACGACAGUUUUGUCUGGGCCAAUUCUGCCGUGGGAGAACAAGUGGAUAGAGAGGGGUUUGGUCAGAGCCUGUUCCUCGGGGAUAGUGGAUACCCUCUGAGAACAUACUUAUUCACACCGCUGACCAACCCACAGACUCGGUCUGAAAGAGCCUACAAUGUUGCACACGUUCGCACACGCAACAUUGUCGAGUGUGCAAUUGGCAUCUGGAAGCUGCGCUUUCGGUGCCUGCACAAGUCGGCAGGAGGACUGCGCAUAAAGCCUCACAGCUCUUGCGCAGUUACGGUGGCAACAGCCAUACUCUAUAACAUGGCUGUGCGUGGAGGCGCACCUAUUCCAGAGGGGGAGGAGGAGGAGGUGGAAGCAGAUGAGGAGGAAGAUGGAGAGGGAGAAGUUGAGGUCCUCUAUCCUCCACAGAGGGCUGCCCUUGGUUGA